AUGACCUCCAUCUUCCACACCACCAAAUCUCUCCCACUCUCCCAACCCACUACAAUCCGCCACCGCAUCUCCGCCAUCCAACCACCGACAAUCUCCUCCACCACCGCGUGGGCGGUACGCAGCUCCAAAUCAGUCUCUUCUAUCGGCGAAUCAGCUUCUAAUUCCGUCAGAAGCUGGUGGAAUCUCGGCUGGGAAUGGAUCCUCUCCAGAAAACCCGGUUUCGCAUUAGAUCUGGAGAUGAAUCAGGAAGAAAUAACCGUUCUCGGUUCCCAUAAUAAAGGUAGUUGGAGACAUGUUAUCUAUAAGUUUAGAUCUGAGAUCCGGAAGCUUGUCGGGUCGGAUCAACCCGGACUUCCUCAGACGGUCCGUUACAAGUCGUCUGCCAUUUAG